GCCACACAACUGAGUCUCCGCUCCUCGUCCUCAAGAAAAUCGAAGAUUGCCCCCCUCCAUACCUCACUUGAGUAGCCAAGAUGAGAUCCAACGUCUUCAAACCUCUUGCAGCUUUGUCAUGGCUGGCUCGCAACCAUUUCGUUGCCGGCGCGAACGUCCAUGGUUCAAAUGCUGAAGGGAACGUAAUGGGCCCGGUUGCCUUUUUAUGGCCAUCUGACCGUCCUUGGAGUGCGUCAGCCGACAACGUGGCCCCCUGUGGAAGCUCUGACGGCGUGAAUAACCGGACGACUUUCCCGCUGUCCCAGGGAUCUGUGGCACUAUCCAUCGCCGACGACGCAUGGAUGGUUGCUUUCUCCAUUGCAUACACCGAUAACCCCACCAGCCAAGACGAUUUCACCCAGCAAGUGGUCAACAACGUGUCGGAGAUCGAACCAGGCCACCAGUGCUACAAGGUCGCCGAUAUACCAGACAAUGUAUCUGCAGGAACCAACGCAACCAUCCAGCUUGAGUACUGGUCCAGUUACGAGAGCGAACUAAGUGGACGUAAUCAGUCAUUCUUUGCCUGUGCUGAUAUCACCUUCGUCGAAGCCUCCGCCUUCACGGUCCAAGUCCCCUGCUUCAACGUAACCGCAGACGAAUUCACCCUCACCGCUUCGUCCACUUCUGCCGUCGCUAGUGCUACGGGAGAAUCCACUGCCGGAACCACUGAGAGCAAGAGCACAUCUUCUGGAGAUGGGCUAAGCAUCGGGGCUAAGGCUGGAAUUGCCGUCGGUGUUAUUGUUGCCUCCCUUGGUAUUGUCGCUGCUGUGGCAUUUGUCAUGCUCCGCAAGCGAAAGUCUCGCGCGCCUGAUCAGGAGGUUGCCGAGCAGAACCCCAAGAUGCCCGAGACUUCGUCUGUGAACAGCCUCCGUCAUUAAGCUGAUGUGCUUGUUUGGCGUGAUGGAAGCAGAGUUAUGAUGGGAUGAACGAAAGAAGUACGAUGAACGGUCUUGCUGGCAAGGGGAAUGAAGAUGACGACGACGAUAAGCUGAGCUGUGGAUGUCUGCAUAUAAUAAUUUGCGUAGAAGCUUUGAGCCGCAAAGAUAAUUGAGUAUGGAUUGGUUGUAUCGCCGUGUUACAACUGUCUGAUGUCGGC